AUGGCCAAAGAUCUGUCUAUCUCGAAUCCCCAUCCCCAGAAGCUCCUGGGUCCCUCGCUCCUCCACGAGUUGGUUCCACGCGAGGGCGAGCAAGACGUUGCAGCCAUCGAGUAUACGGGAGAGGAUGGCAAGGUUUCUGCUUUGAGCUAUGCACAGUUGCAUACCCAAGCCGAUGGGUUGGCACGUCAAAUUGCCACAACACUCGCGCAAUACUCGACGAGAUCGAAGCGAUGGAUCGUUCCAAUUUUAAUACCGCAAUGCCCGAGCCUGUAUGUUUCACAGCUCGCGAUUCUCAAGGCCGGUGCGGCAUUUUGUCCAAUUGUUCUCGACGCUCCAGAAGAGCGCAUUCGUUUCAUUCUCGCAGAUGUGGAGGCCUCCGUUCUACUCACGACCGGGGACAUCAAGUCUCGAUUGCCGGACCUGAAAAGCGUCGAAGUUAUUACGGUCGACGACUACACUGGCAGGCACAGCAACACUCACAUGGCCAGAUCGAUAUCUCCCCAGGACCCCGCGUACAUAAUGUAUACUAGCGGUAGCACCGGCCAACCAAAAGGUGUCUGCCUUUCUCACUCUGCUGCAACCCAAGCGCUACUAGCUCACCAGCGACAUAUCCCAAGCUUCUCUCGAUUUCUACAAUUCGCCAGUCCAACUUUUGACGUCUCGGUCUUCGAGAUCUUUUUCCCGCUAUUUCGUGGCCGCACAUUGGUCUGCUGCGACCGGAGACGGUUGCUGAACGAUUUGCCAGCUGCCGUGAAUGACAUGAGGGUGGACGCCUGCGAGUUGACUCCGUCGGUAGCUGGAAGCCUUCUCCGCCGCAGAGACAGUGUUCCGUCCCUCAAGGUUCUGUUGACGAUCGGCGAAAUGCUGAAGCCAGCCGUUGUGGAGGAGUUCGGCGGAGACUCUGAUCGGCCUGCAAUUUUGCAUGGAAUGUAUGGCCCGACAGAAGCGACGAUUCAUUGCACACUACAGACCUAUUUUCCCAAAGACAUGCCCUGUGGAGUUAUCGGUGUUCCUUUGGACACGGUAUCUGCCUUUGUCGUCAAGCCGCAAGAUUCCAACGACGGGAAGACGCCCGAUCUGGAGAUAUUACCACUGAACGAAGAGGGCGAGUUGGCUGUGGGCGGUCAUCAGCUUGCAGAUGGAUACCUGAACCGAGAGGAUCAGACAAAAGCUGCUUUCGUGCGGCACCCAGAGUAUGGAAUGCUUUACCGCACUGGAGAUCUUGCGAAGAUGCAUUCAAAUGGGACAUUGGAAUGUCUUGGCCGUAUAUCGACGGGUCAAGUGAAGCUUCGUGGCCAGGUAAGACCAGCAAAAUCUUCGUGGUAAACAUUUGGCUAAUGUCGUCCAGCGUAUCGAGCUUGGGGAGAUUGAACAUGCAGCUUCCAAAACAUCAGGAUGUCAGGACGUGGUCGCUGAGGUUGUGGCUGGCGUUCUGGUUGUCUUUUGUGUGCUGGAAAGCAACGCUGUCACCAGAGAUGCUAUUCUAGACACUUGCCGUAAAUGGUUGCCGGCUUUUAUGGUACCUGGGGACGCGGUCUUCCUUGACUCGAUACCGUAUCUUCCAUCUGGAAAAUGCGAUCGAAAGGCACUUCGUUCGCGCUACGAGACGAUGCAGCGUUCUGCCGAUGGUGGCGAUCGAGCUGAUGACGAGCUAUCAGAAAAGAUCACCGGCACGAUAAGCGAGGUUUUGCAAGUGGAAGUUCGACCAGAUUCCAAUCUCGCGGCCUUGGGUCUCGAUUCUCUUUCCUCAAUACGCCUGGCAUCUGGUUUCCGGAAAUGUGGACUCCCACAGCUUGAUGCAAGCUCUAUACUUGUUGCACGCACUCCACGCGAGAUCGCAGACAAACUUGAAAGUCUCGACAAUUCAAAUAAUGUAGAUUCGUCCAGACGCUCCGAUGAAUUGUACAGAAAGGCGUUAGACGAAGCGUUGCAGAGGGCACUUGAGGCGAAGGUUUCCGAAGUUGACGAGAGCUUCUUGUGCACACCGAUGCAGAACGCCAUGCUCUCCGAAACUCAAAAAGAUCCCCAGGCGUACUGCAAUUGGAUCGAGUUUCACCUACCAAACGUCUCGGGUCUGGAAAGCGUCGAGGCCGCGUUGCGAGAGCUUGGUGAUCUGCAUCCGCUGAUUCGAUCUGGUUUCGUUGCUGUGGCCGGUCUUCAAACCAGCUACGCCACGAUCGUGUGGAAGACCUUGUCUAGCGACCAGCUCAACCGUACUGCCAACUUGAGCUACGAUUUUGAGAUCACUUGUGACGAUGAAUUGCUCCGGCCGUGCAAUUUCCAGAUCUCGCGAGCGGGAGCGGGUGCAAAAGUUCUCCUUCAAAUCCACCACGCACUCUACGACCAGUGGUCUUUGGACAUCCUGCGAGUUGAUCUUGCAAAAAUACUGAAACAGAGUCCUUGCAAUGGCGCAUUAUCAUUUAAACCCAUCGCAGACUACUAUGCACAGCGUUCCGGCGAAGCUGAAUCGCCUGAAAGUAUGGAGUUCUGGCAAGAUCAUCUACGCAACGUGGUUCCGACAUCAAUACCGCUCCUUAGAGGUGACGAUGUUGCCAGUGGACUCCAGCGGUCGUCAUGGAAGGAACUGGCCGUGGAGAGCUCCAAAAUCAACGCCAUGGCACGAGAAUGGGGUUGUAGCAGCCCUGCGAUCUUCCAGUCCGUAGUGGGAUAUCUUUUGUCAGCGCUUGCCGGAGCCUCCGAUGUGACAUUCGGUUCGGUAUUCUCAGGACGAAAUCUCCCAAUAGAUGGAAUCGACGGUUCCUUUGGGCCUUGCCUGACGACUUUACCUCUUCGUUUGGACUACAGCACGGCAAGUUCUUUUCGAGAUCUGGUGCAUUUGGCAACGGACCAGAACCGAGCGCUCCAAAGCCGCAUUCUGACACCGUUGCCUGUCGUGAAGAAAGCAGCAGAGGUCGCCCCGGGGAGCUCGCUUUUUGAUUGUUUAUUUGUCUGGCAGGAAUCAACUCACAGUACAGAUGCUUUGCAGGAGGACGUCCAGAUUGUCGACUCCGAGGACCGGCUCGAAUUCAAUCUUGUCUUGGAGUUUGAACCUUCGGCGUCAAGCAUCAAAGUCAGAGCGACAUACCAACAGCGGCUCAUGGACGAUGGCUUCCUUCAGCUCCUGCUCCGUCAACUCGAUUGCCUUAUUUCCAAGCUUACGGAAACUCCAGGCUGCCUUGUAGAGGAUCUGGCAUCCAUGCUAUUACCUGAACUACUCUCCGUGCAGAAUGCCAGCCCAACCGGAUACGCCGCGACUUACGAUUUGAUUGAGCGAAUCGAAGCUCAUGCUGCAGCAGAGCCUUCCGCAACAUCGAUUUUGUUCGCCAGAAGUCUUGUAGCGGGCAAUCAUGACAUGCUCUCCCUUUCCUACGCACAAUUAAACCGCCGCGCGAAUCAGAUGGCACAUGUCCUUAUUACUGCAGGAGUCAAGCCACGGGACCUUGUCUGCAUUUGCAUGGAGAAAUGCAUUGACCUGUACGUUGCACUGCUCGCUAUCUUCAAAGCAGGCGCCGGAUACCUGCCUUUGGUACCAGAGACACCAGACGACAGGGUAAAGUCGGUACUAGCUCAGGCUGGAAUUGGGCUCUGUAUUUGCGACUCAGAAUCUUUCGGCAGAUUCAAAGAGCUCACUCCUGCAUCCAUAAUCAAUCUCGAGGGUCUUGAUCUCGACAGUCACUCCGAGCAGAGCCCUCAUGUGAAGCAAAUUGGCUCAAGAGUUGCGUACUGUGUUUUCACGAGUGGCAGUACUGGAGAACCGAAGGGCGUGCCCAUCACCAUGGAGAAUUUGAAGAGCAAUCUGGCCGUUUUGGACGAGUUGUAUCAGGUUCAGCUUGGAGACCGGUUAUUGCAGUCGUGCUCACACGCUUUCGACGUCAGCGUCUUUGAAAUAUUCUUUGCCUUUUACAGCGGCAUGUGUCUCUGCUCUGCAACCAAAGACGUCAUGUUUCGCGACUUCGAGGAGAGCAUCAGGACCUUUCGAGCCACCCAUCUAUCACUGACACCUACGGUUGCAUCACUCGUGAGCCCCGAAAAUGUCCCAACAGUGCGCUUCCUUGUCACUGCAGGUGAAGGAAUAACCGAGAAGGUACACCGGACAUGGGCAGGUCACGGCUUGCAUCAAGGCUAUGGUCCGUCAGAGACAACGAAUAUCUGCUCUGUCAAAAUGAAUAUCGCGCCUAGCGACGUUCUCGGUAACAUCGGGCCUGCAUUCAAAAACACUUCGGCGUUUGUCCUGGCGGCUAAGCGCGAUUUCAAUAUCCUUCCUGCAGGUGCAUAUGGCGAAUUCGCCUUCGGUGGUGAACAGGUCUUCCGUGGGUACAUAGGACGAGACGACCUCAAUUCCGAAAAGAUUGUUCAUCAUCCGCAGUUUGGGAGAGUCUACCGUAGUGGCGACAUGGGACGGAUGCUACCGGACGGGACACUACUGAUCAGCGGAAGAAUAGACGACCAAGUCAAGAUUCGCGGUAAUCGGAUUGAGCUUGGCGAGAUCAAUGCCGUCGUAUCAGACCAUCCGGACGUGUCGGACUGCACGACCGUUGUACUGGGCGAGGACAGCUCAAACCAAUCACUUGCUACGUUCUGGGUUCCUUCAGAAGAGUCAAAGACAACAGACGCGGAGCUAUGUGCCACAGUACCGGACAAGGGCCUAACAACCCAGCUUUUCGACCGCCUCGAGAACUCGUUACCAGCCUACAUGAUUCCGAGCCUUCUAGUUCCAAUGAGCAGACUGCCCAUGACCUCGCAGGGAAAGCUUGAUAAAAGGCUGCUACGAGCGACUCUACACAACCUGGACCACAGCGUGAGGGAGAAGCUUUCUCGCUUACACGAUGGUCUUGGAGGCGAUCCUCCCAACUCCGAUACUGAGAAAACGAUUGCCGCUAUCUUGGCAGAGAUCCUCGGUGUAGGUCCCUCCUCCAUCUCGAGGCAUGCUUCCUUCCUUGGGCUCGGUCUCAACUCGCUCAACGCGGUCCAGCUUGUGAAGUUGGCAGAGAAGAGGCUGGGUGUUACACUUGGAGUCGCAGCCAUCAUGCGGCACUCGAGUGUCGCUCGGCUAAGUCGUCAUAUCUCAACUUCAGUCUCGAGCGCGCAAGAAGCACGCGGGCCUAGGCUAGAUGAAGUAUUCAGCAGGGACUUUGUGGACGGCAUAAAAGAGUCUUUCGAGCAGAAUGGACAGACAGUCAGUGCUGUACUUCCUUGUACCCCAUUGCAAGAAGUUAUGCUCUCUGUUAGCAGGACUCAGCGCGAUGCCUACCGCAACAUCACGAAAAUCCAGUUCGCUGGAGAUUUGGAGAAGCUUCGUAACUGCUGGGCGGAAAUGACAAAGAGACAUGCCAUCCUGCGAACGUCUUUUGUAGAAACGCCGUCAGCAUCGCAUCCACAUGCUCAAGUGGUGCUGCGAGAGCUCGAAAUCCAGUGGCACAAUGAAAAAAGCAUUGCGGAAGAGAACGGCGGUUUGACUGGACAUGCCAAUGGACAUGCCAAUGGACACGCCAAUGGACAUGCCGAUGGACACGCCAACGGACACGCCAACGGAUACGCAAAUGGCCAUUCAAAUGGACAUGCAAACGGCAAAUCGAACGAUCACGUAGCGCGCCCCGAGCUGGUGUCCGCAACACACCAGUCUCCCGUUCGCGUAGACAUCUUCGGCGCAGACAUCUACAUACAGAUGCACCAUGCGGUCUACGAUGGAGUUGCCAUGGUCAACCUAUUCGAAGAGAUGAAACGCGCCUAUCAAGGCUAUUCUCUUCCCAUGCCUGUUCCUUUUGAGCCUUUCCUGGAGCACGUACUAGGUCAAAAUGGCCAAGAAGCCGUGGACUUCUGGGCUACGCGGAUCAAUGGGUUUCAGCCUCAUCCACUGCCGCCGCAACAGCGCACUACUAAUGGGAAAGAGGAUCUUCUUAGCAGGACGAUUUCUGUCAGUCCUACAGAUGUUGAUUCUUUCUGCGAUAGACAUGCCUGCACCAGUCUGUCCCUCAUGCAAGCUGCUUGGGCGAAGACCCUGGCGUGUUUGCAGAACGUUGAAGAUAUCUGCUUUGGUAACGUCGUCAGUGGCCGGUCCGUGCCCGUACCUGACGUUGACCGGCUCGUGGCUCCAUGCUUUAACACAAUACCCGUACGUCUCGAGGUAGAGACUUCGCGUACAAAUCUGGGCCUUGUGCAACGUCUGCAUCGAUACAACGUCGAGACAUUGCCAUUUCAACUCAUUGCGCUACGCCGGAUCCAGGCUUUGUCUAAAGAGCCUUCAGUGCGACUUUUUGACUCUCUGCUCCUGGUUCAACCUCCCCAACACGAAUCGGACCUUUUCGACGCCGAAGAAGAAGAAAUGGGCAUGGGCAUACCUAUUGUGGUAGAAGUCAUUCCACUGGAUUCGUCUUUUGAGUUGCAAGUGCAUUAUAUGCCGGAGAAGAUGCCUGCUUCCAUCGUACCGCAGAUCGCUGACGCCUUCUGCGCCGCACUAGCCUCCUGCCUACGAUAUACAUCGAGCCCGGUCUCGAAUUUCCUGGACUUCGAUAUAUCUUCCAUAAAAGCUAAGCUGGCCCCUGAAGACAAGACUCCGUCGUCCAACGGACUGAGAAUCGACAAUGGUGAUCUUGAGAACGAUUGGAGCAAUGAGCAAACCGCAGUCCGCAAAGCGAUGGCCGAUCUCGCUGGCUUGUCUCCUGAGAGAAUAUCAAAGAAUACAUCGCUGUACCAAAUCGGCCUCGACAGCCUGAACGCUGUUCAGCUCGCUUCGCGAUUGCGAGCGCAAGGCUUCCAAAUCGAUGCCGCGGACGUCAUGCAGUAUCAAACGCCUUCCAGGCUUGCUCCUCUUCUGCCGUCGCAGGGAAGUAAUCCUUCCCACGAUUCCACGUCCUCGUUCGAUUUGGAGAAAUUCGAAAACGAACAUCGACCGAGUAUCGAAAAGACGCUGAACCUCGAUGAAAAGUUGCUUGAGGCGGUGCGACCUUGCAACUCGUCUCAGUGUGGAAUGCUGGCACAGUCCAUACAGUCCCAGGGAUCCUACUAUCUCAACCACAGAUUCUACGAAAUCCCAGACCAGUACAGCUUCGCGGACAUCCAAACAGCUUGGAUGACUGUGCAACGCAAGCACCAAGUUUUGCGAAUGGGCUUUCGUCAGAUGGAAGACGCUGCUUUUCCCUAUGCGAUGUUGAUCUACCGUCCAGAUACCUUUCAAGACGUUGUCUUUCCAGACGUAGAUGGCCUCGACGAUGAUGCCAUUGAGCAAUCUGUCGCAAGAGAAAUCAUGCAAAAUCUGCAACAGCCGGCAUGGCGAGUAUCACUACUCAAGUCGUCAAGAGAACGGAGAAUGUGUCUUUCGCUUCAUCAUGCGCUGUACGAUGCAGAUUCGCUCGAAGUACUCCUGGAGGACUUCUCAAGGGCGCUGGAGACAACGGACAUUGGUUCCACUACAGAUCUGGACCCAGUUCUACAACAUCAGCUCCAGGGCUUGACAUCGCAGAAGCAAGAAAACGAAACUUUCUGGAAGGAAACGUUGAAAAAUGCCAAGCUACUGAGGUUUCCAAGCUUGACACCCACUAUCGUCUCCGAGACGAGAGCGACGUCCUCGAUGCAAGUUUCCACUCUCGGCGUCCAAGCGAUAGAGGACUAUUGUAGAAGAGAAGGCGUCACCAUCCAGGCACUAGGACAAAGCGCCUGGGCUUCAUUACUCGCGGCCUAUCUUGGUGAAGCAAGUGUGACUUUCGGCACGGUCUUCUCGGGCUUUGCACUGAAUGCAGAUCAGCCUACCGCAUUUCCAGCCAUAUCAGUGGUACCUGUGCACUGCGACACGAGUAAGCCGGCAUCCGAGCUUGUUAAUAGCAUGGUAUCCUACAAUGCUGCCGCUCAGAAACACCGCUUUGCAGCGCUCUCUGACAUCCAGCGCUAUGCGGGAUCUAUUGGGCAAGCUUUGUUUGACACAGUCUUCGUCUAUCAAAAAGCUAGUCAGAAGUCGCCGGAUCGCUUCAACUGGCGCGAAGUGCGCGGAUUCCUGGGAGUUGACUAUGUUGCAUCGAUGGAGAUUGAAACUUCCGACAAUGGCCAGCUCAGCAUGCGUCUGACGUAUGAUAUUCGAUCCAUCCCACAGGAGCACGCUAUCUUGAUGCUGCGGCAAUAUGACAUGCUGAUGCAAGGCCUCGUUAGCGAUGAUGGCGACUUCCAGCUGAACAACGUGAGCCUCAUGUCGCAUACCCCACCGAAGGAGCCCACCAUUCCCUGCUCUGUAGAGCUCCUACAUCAGUUCGUGGAGCGCGGAGCCCGAGAUCAUCCACAUAGACCGGCUUUGGAGUUUAUCAACAGCUUUGAGUCUGGCCAAAAAGGUCGUAAGACAUGGACCUACCGGCAGCUUGAUGAGCGAGCCAACCAAGUUGCCCAAUUGCUUCAAGAUCAAGGCGUCCAGCCGGGUGGCAUCGUUGCUAUGUGCAUGAACAAAUCAGCAGAGGCCUCGUUCGCAUUCGUUGGCAUUUUGAAAGCUGGCUGCGCAUUUCUCGCUAUGGACCCAGACUUGCCGCUGGCGCGUCGAAAGUUCAUCGUUGAGGAUUCGAAGUCUCAACUGCUCUUAGUUGACAGGCCCGAUGCAGAAAUGGAAGAGGUCGUCAAAGUAGUGGAACUAGCAGAAAGCGGUCUCUUGCACAUGUCCACAGCUGCGGUGGAAAUACUUCCGGUGGGAUCCAGCGCUACGAGCUACUGUCUCUACACCAGCGGCACUACGGGCACACCCAAGGGCUGUGAGCUAACCCAUGAAAAUGCCUUGCAAGCUAUGAUGUCCUUCCAGCGACUCUUCAGUGGUCACUGGACCGAGUCGUCUCGUUGGCUACAGUUUGCCAGUUACUGGUUCGAUGUCUCGGUUCUCGAGCAAUUCUGGAGCUGGAGUGUGGGUAUCACUGUAGUUGGUGCACCCCGAGACUUUGUUCUUGAAGACUUGUCCGGCUUCAUUCGACAGGCCAACGUUACGCAUAUCGAUCUCACGCCUUCGCUCGCUCGAUUGCUUACCCCGAAAGACGUGCCAAGCCUUUGCAGUCAUGUUUUCAUCACAGGAGGAGAGGCCUUAAAACAGGAGAUAAUCGAUUCGUGGGGCCCAGUCAAGACCAUCUGUAAUGGAUAUGGUCCAACAGAAGCAACUAUUGGCGUCACGAUGAAUGCUUUCAUUGGCACUGAUGCAAAGCCUUCCAACAUCGGCCCUGCUUUCGACAAUGUCGGAGCUUACGUGUUUAAGCCUGGUACCGAUGAGCUCGUGCUACGAGGCGCCGUCGGUGAGCUUUGUGUCUCCGGAAAGCUGGUAGGCAAGGGCUAUCUCAACCGGCCUGACUUGACGCAAAAGGCGUUCCCUUUUCUGGAUCGAUACGGCGAACGUGUCUAUCGUACUGGAGAUCUCGUUCGGCUGCUAGCGGAUGGCUCGGUAUCUUUCAUCGGCCGUGCGGACACGCAAGCGAAACUGCGCGGACAGCGACUCGAGAUUGACGAGAUUGACGCCGUCAUCAAGUCCGCCUCGGAUGGCAUCUUUGAGGUGGCUUCACUUGUCACAAAAUCCGCAAAUGGAGACAGAGAAAUGCUUGUAUCGUUCGUGGUAGACGAAGAGACUAUGGGCCGAGAUCUUCAGUUGGUGAACACCUCCCACAGCCAACAACUCGUAAAAGUGGCAGAUCAGGCGUGUCGCAGCCGCCUGCCGGGAUACAUGGUGCCAACGCACAUUAUUCCGAUUUCUCGGCUUCCGCUUACUCCCAACAACAAGGUAGACUCCAAGCGGUUGGUCAGUCUGUUUACGGGACUGGCUACCCGAGACCUCCAGAAAUUCAAAGAUGCUCAAGCAACGAAUCGAGCGAUGACCUCGACUGAGAAGAAGAUUGCUCAGGUGCUGGCUAGGCUUCUUUCUAUCGAAAACGACGAUAUCGGGCCAGGAUCCAAUGUCUUCUCGCUCGGGCUGUCAUCCGUCUCUGCUAUCAACUUCGUGACAUUGUUGAAGCACAGUGGAUUCAAGACAGCCGGCGUGGCUAAAGUUAUGAACCACCCGAUCUUGGAGCGCCUCGCCCAAAGUUUAGCAGAAAAAGACGACAGUUCCAGCAUGGAGAGGGACGCUAUCAGACAGGCGCAGCUUACACUAUCUGCCUUUGCUCAGCGAUAUCGAAAUAUGGCCGUGCAGAAUCUGUCGUCGAAAGCAUCGGAGAUUGAAGCUGUUGCACCCUGUACGCCGCUGCAGGAGGGCUUACUCAUUGAAUCUAUGAAGAGCGCUCACAAGCCGUACUUCAAUCACUUCUGUUACGACGUGACCGACUUGGAUUCAAAGAAACUGCGAACGGCAUUGGCUCAGGUAUGCGAUGCGGUUCCUAUGUUGCGCACUGCCUUUUUGCGCACCGAUGAUGGAUACGCUCAAGUCGUCAGGCGUCUUUACGAACGCUUUGAAAAAAUUUACGAUGUUGAAAACGACCAAGUGGAAGACGUCUUGAAGGACAAAAAGAGGGAGUGGCUCAAAGGCACAGACCAAGACGUCGUCGAGCCGUUCAAGAUUCUGAUUCUGCGGUCGAAGGAACGAAGCAUCAUGGCUGUGCUCAUUCAUCACGCCUUGUACGAUGGCAUCUCUUGGGACCUAACGAUGCAAUGUCUCACGAAGCUGUAUGAAGACCAGGGUAACGUGGAAUACGGGCCCAAAUUCCUGGAUGCACUGCCAUAUGGACCGUUCUGUCAUCGCUUGGAUGCGAAAUCUUUCUGGCAGCAAACACUUGGCAAUCACGAGUUUGUGCCCUUAUCAGAAAAUGCCGAGAGAAGUUCGAAGCCCGGCUUGAGACUGAGAACUUCUAUUGACGGCGCUAAGGCUCUGGAAGCCAUUCGAAAGCGACAAGGUGUCUCUCAUCAAGCAGUCUUCCAAACGGCAUUUCAGGUAGCAUUGCACCAGUUCUCACCGCGCACGCAAUCUUACGGUGUCGUUCUGUCUGGAAGGUCCAUCAAUUUCGACAAUGCGGACCGAAUCAUCGGCCCAAUGUUCAACACCGUGCCGUUUACGAUCAACUUGCAAUCAUCCGGCACGUGGGAGCAACAUCUGAAUGAUUCUCAACAGCUUAAUGCGUCCGUUCUGCCCUUUCAGCAUUCGCCGCUGAGGGAUAUUCGGAAGUACUGCGGACGGCUGCCGAAGGAUCCCUUGUUCGACGUGCUCUUCGUGUUUCAACAAGCUGAAAAAUCAGGAGGGAACGAGCUAUUCAAAGCAAUAGAUGUGGAUUUGCCAGUUGAAUAUCCACUUGCUUUUGAGGUCGAACUCGAUGACUCUGGCCAGGUUUCCAUUGAGGCCGCCGCGCGAUACGAGUUCGUUUCGGAAGACUCUCUACAUGCUCUAGUGGAAGACUUCAAGACGGCACUUGACAGUAUCACCAAGAACGCCCAACAAGUGAUAGGCGACAGAUUCACGAUUAGCAGCAACAAGGGACGCCGAGUGACUGCCGGGCCUCAGCAAGAACAGGUACACUCUGAUGGUGCAAGUGAUUUCACUUGGACAAAAGAAGCGAAGCUCCUUCAGAAUGUCGUCUCCCAACUUGCCGGCUGCGAUGCGGCAGAUGUCACCGAGCAGUCAACAAUCUUCAACCUCGGACUUGACAGUAUCGACGCAGUCAAGAUGGCCUCAAGACUCAAGAAUGAGAGUCUCCCAAUACCAGUCAGCACGAUCUUGAAGGCCCAGACGAUUCCUCGAAUGCUGGAAAGCAUUCAAACGCACGAUCGCGAAGAAGCUCAGACGAUGGAGCCAAGCAGAAUGAGGGACCUAAAACAACAAUUGCGGCCCGUUGAAGAAAGGGUUCUUGAAUCCACGCCUGAUGUGGAAAUGGUCUUGCCCGCUGCACCCAACCAAGAAGGUCUCAUUGCUGAUAUGCUGAGAUCUGGUUUGCGUCGCUACUACAAUUCGGAUGUAUUGCGACUGCGGGAAGACGUCAAUAUCGAGGAGCUGAAGAAUGUAUGGCAGUCCGCAAUAGCUGCGUCUCCUAUCCUGCGAACGUCCUUCAUCGAGAUUGCUGAUCCGGAGGUCGAUGUGACUUUCGCUCAAGUGGUGUUUCGCGCGAACUCGAUCCAGAUCGAGGAGUUCUCGACAGAUAGCCUCGAGGCUUUGGACACCUACAUGGAUCGAGCUCGGAUGGAUGUGAAAGAUACUUUCGAAGUGCAGCCACUGCUUCGUCUGGCUCUCGUGUCUGUGCAGUCUGAGAGGUACUUGGUACUUUCACUUGCACACGCACAGUACGAUGGUCAUAGCUUGGCUAUGCUACAUCAAGAUAUCGCCGACGCAUAUCGCAGCUCGUCAGGGUCUCACGUGGGCCGUCGCCCAGGAUUUGACACAGCCAUUGAACUCUCUCUCAGCGCAACAAGCGAGGAAGCAGUGUUGUUCUGGCGAAACAAUCUUACCGGUGCGAAGGUUAAGCACCUAGUUCAGCAGCAAGAAGCCUCUGAUUCUAUCACCUAUCGAUCUGAGUAUGUCUGCGAAGUCUCCGAAUCUUCAGCAAAAGAGACGUGCAGACGUGCAGGAGUAUCGCUGCAAGCUCUUGCGCAAGCUGCUUGGGCAUUAUUGCUCGCUUUCUACGUGCGGGAGCUGGAGGUUGUCUUUGGCGCUGUGCUUGCUUGCCGUGACAGCGAAGAACUGGAAGCUGUCAUGUUUCCGACGAUGAAUACAGUCCCCGUCAGAUCUGCGAUCCAUGGGACCGGAUACGAAAUGCUCCGGUAUGCCCAGCAACGCAUCAACGACAUUCGGCCAUACCAAAGAACACCACUCCGAGCGAUCCAAAAUGCUUGCUCGUCCUCGGUACAAACGAGCAGCCCGGUACUUCAAGGUGGACUUUUCGAUACUCUGUUCAUCUUCCAAAAUCGAGGAGAUCAAGAUUUGCACACGGCAAAGCCCCUGUACGAGUCUGUGGGCGGUGAAUCCAACGUGGAGUAUCCAGUGGCCGUCGAAAUAGAGACGAUCAAGGACAAGAUUGUGUUACGAGCGGCGUGUAAGAACUCUGCUAUGGACCGUCAGGGCACAGACAUGUUGCUACAGAACCUGGACAAGGUUCUCCGUCAUCUGCUCAGAUUGCCUGAUGAGCAGGUUGUUCAAUUCUUGGACGACAAAGCCUCGAUAUGCGGGUUUCCUGCAUUCGCGACACACGACGAGAAGCUCACAAUACAGACAGCGAAGCUUGAAGAGACCGCUGAGGCAGAGGAGAACGCGUCCGAUGAGGGAACUCCUCUCACAGACUCUAUUCGCUCCGCUCUGGCCAGGGUGGCGAAGAUCCCCGAGGAUGAAAUUACACUCAGCUCUACGAUUGAGAGCAUUGGAGUCGAUUCCAUCUCGGCGAUCAAGGUGUGUGCCAUCCUGAGGAAAGAGUCCAUCGGGCUCUCAGUUAGUGAUUUGCUCAAAGCCCAGACGCCAACAAGAAUGGCUCAGGCAGUCGAAGCAAAAUCGGGAAACUCGUCUGGAGACGACGAUGCCACAUCGAAGGCCCUUGCACCGGUCUUGAAGUACAUCCCGGCCGCUGAAGUCUGCCGCAUAGCAAACGUCGAAGAGUCCGACGUAGAGGCUAUCAUGCCAGCAACGUCGGGACAACUCUACAUGCUGGCGACGUGGCAAAGAAGUAAAGGCCUCUUGUUCUACCCGACCUUCCGCUGUAAACUCCGAUCAAGCGCAUCAGUGGAAGAUGUGGAACACGCAUGGACUCAACUAGUCCAUCGCAACCCGAUCCUUCGUACGGUCUUUGUCGCUCAUCAACGCUUGAACCAUCAACCACCUACUAUCUCGAUCUCGCAGUUGAUUCUCAAAUCUGCGCCACAGAGCUUCACGACCGGAGACGCAGAGCGUAGCGGAGCUCCCACUGUCCAACCACUGACAGGAUUGCAUGCUUCGAAACGCAGCGAUGGCUUUGACCUGAGUCUCCACAUUCACCACGCACUGUACGAUGCCGUCUCACUACCAAGACUCGUGCAAGAGCUGCAAGUGAUAAUGGAAGGCUCCGUGCCAUCAAGCCCUCCCAUUACCUUCGACAAAUUCAUCUCCACGACUUCCACGCAUACCUCAGAAGAAGCUCGCAAGAUCUUCUGGGUCGAAUACCUCAACCACACGGAACCAAUUUCUCUGCCGCAAGCGGGAAGCGACGCUACAAGGAAAGUCCAGCUCUACAAGCCGGGCUUCGUCUCCCAUGGAGCCGCCCUCGAGCAAUACGCCAGGAAAUCCGAAAUUACAAUCCAGGCACUGCUCUUCGCGGUGUACUCCAAAGUCUACGCACACUUCGCCGGCAGAGACGGGAACGUUGUCUUUGGCAUCUACCUCGCCAACCGGUCUCAUCUCCCCGGCUUGGAAGAAGUAGCAGCACCGACUCUCAACCUCGUCCCUCUGCUCGUCCGAUCGCCCCGAGAGACGACCACGCUCGACUUGGCGAAGAAAAUCGACGCGGACCUCAGACUCAUCGGGAAGUUGGAUAAUGCCGUUGUUUCUCUGAAGGAGAUUCAAGAAUGGACCCAUGUGAAGGUGGAUUCCUUUGUCAAUUUCCUCAAAUUGCCCGAGCCGGAGGAAGAAGCAGAAAGGGGCAGCAGCAGCAGCAGCAACAUCAUCUCCAUCGACAACGAAUGGGAGACGGAAAAGAGUCAGGUGCAAGACCUCGUCGAGCCGAGAGAUUUUGCCUUGCCAGAGGGAUUGGCGGAUUUCGAGGCAGGGGAUGCUUAUCAGGUGAGUUCUCUCCUUCAUUUUUUGUUAUUCUUGGCAUCGCCGUUGACUAACAGUUCAAUACAGCAUUCCCUCGACGUGGAACUCUCCCUUGCCAACAACAACCUCAACAUCGGCGUCUUCUGCCUCGAGAGCAUUCUGAAUCUCGGACAGGCCGAAGAGCUAGUUGCGAAAAUGAAAACAGAGCUGGAGGGGGUUUCUUUCUGA